GUCAUAACUCGUCUCAGACGUUAAUUGACAUGCUUUACCAAGUCUUCGUCUUCGUCUUCUCAACUCCACCAUCUUAUACGUAAUCCAUGGAACAUGUGGUGUACAAACACAAAUUCACAGCAUGAAGCUUCCCAACUAUCUGAUUCUCUCUCUACUCCACUCUCUCAUCAUCAUCACUACUGCUUCAUUCCAUUCCCAUUCCAAGUUCCUAAAGUCCGACCCUUGCGGAGAACUCAGUCUAACAUUUCUCACCGAUUUCCGUCAAGUGAUUCGAGUAUCGAUAGCUGAGCUCUAUCAGAAUUCUGAAUUCAACUUCAGUCGGUUAACUGAUGAUUUUACACUUAGGUUUAAUGUUUCUUCUAAUUGUUCUGAAUGUUACUUUGGCGGAGGGCAGUGUUUUAGUAACUCCACUAGCGAGUUCUACUGCAAUAAAGACAGACACAGAAAUAAGCGGGUGCUGCUGAUAGUAGCCAUAUCUGCAGGUGGACUAUUGUUUCUUCUAUGCUUGUUGGUCUCCUACAUGAUCUGGCUGUUGAAGAGAAGGGUCCGUGGGGGCUACCUUCGCGCCUCUAAAAUGUCUCUCGAGACCUCAAAGUCGGACAUCAAUGGUGCGAGCUCCUUCUUUGGCAUCCCCAUCUUCUCAUACACAGACCUCGAAGCUGCCACCAACAACUUCGAUCCUUCUAGAGAGCUCGGUGAUGGAGGUUUCGGGACAGUAUACUAUGGGAAGCUACAAGAUGGGAGGGAAGUCGCGAUAAAGCGCCUCUACGAGCAGAACUGCAGAAGAAUGGAGCAGUUCAUGAACGAGAUCGAGAUUCUUACGAAUUUAAGGCACCCGAAUCUUGUCUGUCUGUAUGGCUGCACUUCUAGGAGAAGCCGGGAGCUUCUGCUCGUGUACGAGUACAUCUCCAAUGGCACUGUUGCUGAUCAUCUGCACGGCCAGAAAGCCGACGUAGCGCCCCUCCCAUGGCCUACUCGGAUGAGGAUUGCCGUUGAAACUGCGACCGCGUUGGCUUAUCUCCACAAGUCGGACAUAAUCCACCGUGAUGUCAAGACAGACAACAUAUUACUCGAUGGAAACUAUCACGUCAAAGUAGCUGAUUUUGGGCUGUCGAGGCUGUUCCCGAACAAUGCGAGUCAUAUCUCAACUGUCCCUGGAGGGACCCCAGGGUACAUCGACCCCGAGUACCAUAUGUGCUACCAAGUGACGGAUAAGAGCGAUGUCUACAGCUUCGGUGUUGUCCUCGCUGAGCUCAUUUCGUCUAUGCCAGCUGUGGAUGUAGGCAGGCGGACGGAUGAGAUCAACUUGGCCAACUUGGCGCUGAUGAGGAUACAGAGGGGUGCGUUUCAUGAGCUGGCCGAUCCGUCUCUCGGGUAUAACCUCGACGCUGAAGUCACCGAGAUGGUUACCUCAGUCGCGGAGAUAGCGUUCCGGUGCCUGCAGCUCGAGAAGGAGAUGAGACCUUCCAUGGCUGAGGUGUUGGCUUCUCUCAAAGAUAUACUAUCUAACUGAAAAAGGUUUUGUUAGAGAAAGAGAUUGCUUUUGCAGGAAAUGGUUUAUACUUCAUAGUGUGAGAAGAAAAGCUUAGGAAACUAGGAAAAAUUUAUGUUCUUAUAAAGAGAUUUUUGUAUAUUAAUGAACUUCUGCAAAAUUUCAAAAAUUCAAAAAAGAUCAAUAAAAACUCACUUGGGAUUUCUGAAA